AUAAACAUGAAUUCUGACCUAGAUUUCCAGGACACGCGAGUCCCUUCCUUCAUCUCGUUCGAUUCAGAUUCUCCCACUAGAGCUAAAAAGUUAAAAAAGAGAAAGAGAAAGUCUCAAAAUGACACGCAACCAGUGACUAAAAAGUCCAGAAAACGUCUUCCUAAAAAUGGCACUUUGGAUUCCUUUAUUACAAAGGAAGUUAACCCUACGAAGCCAAAGGAAACUCAUAUUUGGGUUGGCGCGGUCGUUAACAGUGAAUACGGUGCCUAUGGAGUGUUCUUUGGUGAUAACGACGAACGUAACUUUGGCAAUACAUUUAUCAUUGAAGAUGAACUCCAAAAUUCGGAUUAUGGUCACGUCUUGGGUGCAUUACAUGCCAUCAAUUCUUUAAAAACAAUAGAACCCAUCGUAAUCAAUGUCUCUUGUAGAGGUUUGCCACAAGCUAUCACAAAUCCAGACAAAAAGUACCACUACAAAGAGUUAGCUGAUCAAAUCCGUGAUAAAAUUACAGAAAACAAGCGCGAUAUCACUGUGCGUCAUAUAUCUGCACGCUCUAAUGUAGAUGAACAUAAGCUUGCGUUAGCACUUGCAUCCGAUACUUUAGGAAAGCUAAAGAAGGCGUCAAAAGAGUUAAUGGAGGAUAAGCAACCGGUUAAAGAGGAUGUUGCUAUGCAGGACACUAUUGUUGAAGAUAUUGCCACCGAAGAGAGUAUGUCCGUGGAUAUCACUUUAGAAGAUUCUUCAGAAAAUGUUACAGUAGAGGAUACUAUUGAAAAGGAUGAUACAGUAGAGUAUGUUACAACAGAGGAUAUUACAGUGGAGGAUAUUACAGUGGAGGAUAUUACCGUGGAGGAUAUUACCGUGGAAGAUAUAACAGCGGAAGGUGUUACAGUGGAAGAUGUCACAGUGGAGGAUAUUACAGUGGAGGAUAUUACAGUGGAAGAUGUUAUAGUGGAAGAUGUUACAGUAGAAGUUACAGUGAAUGAGGUUGCUGCAGAAGAUGAUACUAUAAGCUGUAUUGCAAACGACGUUGAUUUGGAAGAAGCUGCCGGAGAGAAUGACCCUAUUGUAAAAGAUGUCGUCGUAACUAGUGAUAUCAUUGAAAUACCUGUCGCAGAAGAUGCAACUGACGUUAGCGUGACUACCGUCUUAACUGUAACUACUGUCGUAGAGGAAGUUACCGAGGUUUUAACCACGGAAACACAAGAUGGAGCAAAGGAAGUUGUGGAUGAGGAUAAUUGUGUGGGCCAGAAUGACACAAUUAAAGUGGAGGCGACAACCGACGACAAAAAUAGUGUCAAAGAGGUUACAAUCGAAGAUUUAGAUGUCCGUGAAAUUGAAGCAACCUCAGACAGUAUCAAAAGCACCCCUAUAGUCGAAGAUAAUGUGGAACCAGCUGAAAUAAAUCAGGAAGAUACAGAAGAAAUCAAGGAAACAUCGUCCUGGGCAUCUGUUUUCGGUAUCCGUGGCUUGCUGGAUGUUCUUUAUUCUCCUUUCAAAAGUCGUAAAUCAUAGAGUGGCAUAACUCCAUGCCAUGUAUUCUAACCAAAAUAGCAAGUAACGAAGUUUACCAAGCCUGAAAUAAAUAACAAUAGCAAUAAUAAUAAAAACCUAAUACCUUGCUUUCAAAAGGACAAACUGAGGAACCUGUCAAAGGUGAAUCGUUAUAGGUUUUUUUUAACAAAUACAAGUAAGAGCGUCUAUUUUAUU